AUUCCGUAAUUGAAUAUACAACUUCUGAAACAGGAAUGUACAUUUUGGUCGGUCAUUUUGCAUGCAUUUUCGUUGUUUUCGAAACGAAGAAUUUUCACUUCGAUGAAUCAGGACUCGCUCUAGCGCCCUCUGUUGGCGUAGUGUGAAUAGUGUCAACAAUGUGAUCUUUUGGCCUUUUGCCCAUGUUUUCCGUUUGUACCACCUGCCCCCCUCAAGGUUCAAACAAAGCAUACAGCUGUCUCGUGUCUGGUUUGGGCCACACCACCAGCUCUUUGUACCGUGAUAAAAGACCGUUAGAUAGAUGCUUUGGGGGAAUUCAUGGCCAAGUCUGAUCCCCUAUCAAAAGAGAUUUUGGAUGUGGAAUGGACAAAAGAUGAAACGACCAAUCGCAGAGUCCCAGAAUAUUUGGUACACUUCAAUGGUUGGAACAGCAGUUGGGAUCGUUGGGCUCCUGCACACUACAUCUUAAGAUACACAGACGAAAACCUGGAGCUAAAAGGGAAACUUCAUCGGCAGGCACUGGCAAAAAUGGGGAAGAAGAAGAAAAAGAAGACUUUGGCUGAGCUGGUAGAAUUGGCUAGGAAGAGAAAGGCUGGUAAAGGUUCAGAUUCGGACAUGAGCAGUGGUGUAGCCGAUAGUGACGAUAGUGAUGACUCAUCCUCCAGUGCAGAAUUAGAGGCUGUGGAGAUCCCCAUUCCUCUGCCUGAGGCACUCAAGACUAAACUAGAAGAUGACUGCUACUUCAUCACUCGUAAAAAUAAGCUGGUGAAGUUACCAUGUGAACACACUAUACUGUCCAUCAUGGAAGGUUACAUCAGACACUUUGCCAUCAACGUCCAGGUUCAUGAGAAAAAGAGAAGUCAGUCGCAGAAUGUUGUCAGCACGGUGGCAAAAGAAGGUCUAGUUCCACCACCACAACCAAAAUACAAUGUCGAUUUGUGUAAGGAAGUCAUGGAUGGUCUACGCAUCAUUUUUGACUUUCUCCUUCCAACCAACUUGCUCUACAGCGUUGAACAUCAACAGUACAAGAAAAUUGUGGUGUCAUGUUAUGUAAAAGAUGCGAUACGUGAAGCACCGUCACCAGUUAAAAGAGGCAGACCCAGAAAGCAGAGUGCGUCAUCCUCACCUACCAAGGAGACAACCAAGCCAAUCGUUGAUACCAAAAAUACCUCAGAGAAACCCAAAGAAGAACCUACAAGGAGGGUAACGCGUAGACUGUCAACUAGUGGCCAGAUUACCCUAGCUGACCCUUUACCACCGGUGAAGAGACGCUGCCCAGACGUGGACCAUCACCCAAGAUCUCCAUACCCUAAGAGGCAUUCUGUGGACACAUCAAACCAAAACAAAGACACUGCAAGCAGCUCAGCGGGUACCAAUCCUUCCACCUCCAGACCGGUGUUACGUCAUUCUGCAAGACUCUCCAGCGUUUCCUCCAUUCCUUCCUCCCCAACCCCAGAAACCCAACCUGAAGUUACUCCCUUGAUUCGAUCAGAAUCAACAGAAUCUAGUCAGUCCUCGUCCAACAAUGGGAAAGUGGCCAGUCACAAUGGAAAGAACAGUGCGGCUAAUGGAUGUGACAUGAAGCUCCCGUCGUGUAGACUUCUAGACGAUAAUGCUAAUUACGAUGGCAAGAUUCUACCCUGUAAAAUGUAUGGAGCACAGCAUCUAAUGCGACUCUUUGUCAAGCUUCCGGAGUUACUUGGCAAGAUGGAUCUGCCUCCAAAGAAGCUUCGUCCACUACUUAAACACAUUGAAUUGUUCCUCAAGUAUCUUGCACAUCCAGAUCGACUUGAGGAGUUUUUCCCUGAGAGUGCUUAUGUCGCCUCGCAUCAAGCUUUGAAGCCGUCUAAGGAGACAUAAUUGAGCCUGAAGAAACAACUCAAGACAGUCAAUCAGUUCUAUAAAACUUGGACAUGUCAGUUCCUACUGUGAGACUGCAGUGUUCCAUAGAUAUCCACAGUUGGAAGGAGCUUUCUUUAGCAAUUGGCAAGCAUGUAGACAAACGUGUACAACUAAUGUAUGGAGUUCCUUGCCUAGUUGAAGUGGAACAAUUCAUUUUUCCAUCUAGAACAGGCAUUCUCGUUGGCACCGUGUAAAUGUAAGACAUUUCUAGAAGCUUCUCAACCUUCAUCAGUGAUUGGAACUCAACCUCAUACUCAUCGUUGGAAUACUUCUGCAUUGUAGUAGUCAAUUAGUAUCUUCCUCAAAAGCAUUGUUGCUCGUUAGGAAUGCCACGGAGAUGGAAAAGUGAUGGUUAAUUCUCCAGGAUCUCUGCCCAGUCCACCUCAAGCAGAAGCACUGCCUCAGUGGUUGAAAUAGCUAUAUUGGUCUGAACAGUUCGUUUUGUUCACUGCGAUGCUACCAUAACGAGUGCAUUUCCUAGUCAUUUUUGAACCAGUGAAGUUCAGUAUCAACCAAAGGAACCUCCAUUGCUAAGAACAUAGCGCCCUCUCUUGUCCAGCUCAAGGCCUGUACAUGUAGCUACUUAUAGAAAGUGUACAUUAAACGCCAUUCUGCAAGCACUGUUUAUGAUGUAGAAGAUUGCUAGUGUGACAAUCUGUGAAAGAAACAUGCAUGUACUCUGGACUGUUUGUCACAAUACUUAUUACAUUGUCGUAUCAUAGGCCACAGCAGUGGAAUGAUUAUCAAAGUAGGGUUCUUUCAUAACACUGGGUGAAAAAACCUAUGUGAUCUGGAUAUAGAUCUGGGUGGAUAAAGCAGAUAUUUUUCAGUCUACAGUAUUUUAUAAUGUUCUUGUGAAUUAAGUUAGUACUAACUAUGAUAUUUAUCCGACGGUCACCAGUCCUCCCCGGUAGAAUAGCUAGGUCUUAACAGUGACUGUCAACAUUGAUUAAAGCUACUUUGGAAAUUGAAGUAGCAUGCAUAGACGUGUACUACAACGCUGGAGCAAGGCAAAAUCGUUGCUUAUUAGAGGCUCAAGAGGUUACGAUGGCAUGCAACACCUCCUUUGACCCAAAGGGUUUAUGUACAUAAACUUUCCAUGGAACAGGUGAAGAAGUUCACUGGAAAAAACUAGCUGUGGGACCAGCAGAUGUAUUCAAACCUUGUACAUUUAAACAAAAGUUUUACAGUUAUGGGCAACUGUGUUAAGUGUUCAUGUAACCUUUGGCCAUAUUGGUAAUUAAUAGUGUUAUUGUCUAUAGUUGGAGUUUGGCACAGAGCGCAGAAGUUAGCAGGGAAAUGAGAACGAAUGAAAACAUGUAAAAGGGUCAAAGGUCAUGGUACAUUUUGGUCACAUAGUAGGAUGUUAGUGGUCAAAGCAGUACAUGUACAUCUUUACUGUAUUCAUGUUUGACACAACUUACAAAAUUUGAAAAAGGUAGAUCUGAUGUUUGAAUUUCCAAGCAUUUUACUUGAUAGUGAGUAGUUGAUAAUUUCAACACAAGCGUGAUUAUAACUAGUCAGUAGCUGCAUUGAGUAAAUCGAGAGAUCAUAACCAAGCCUGUUUUUAAUUUUGCCCAAGGUUCAAGCAUGGUGCACAUAUAAGUUCAGUGAUGGUUCAGAAGCUUGUCCGCUGAUAAUGUAGUCAGUUUUGGUAGUCUUUGGGGGAAACUUGACAUAUUUUGGAAGGAUUGAAAGGUGAAGGAUACUAAAUGUUUUGUGGUGUAACAUCUUUUGUUAGCACAGAUACUUUGUCCACAGUAGAAUUCCUUCAAUAAGCCUUUCGCAAGUUAUAUUUCAAUAAAAUCUGGUACAUUGAGUUCUUUAAGUCCACUGCACAUUAACAUAAUUUUGAAUUCCCCAUGCUA